AUGUCAAUCUUAAUCACCGGUGCUGGUGGUUACGUGGGCCAAGAACUUGCUGCAGCUCUACUGAACAGUACUCCCGCUUCCACAACCAUCACGAUUGUCGACAUCGUCGAGCCCCCAGUACCGGAGGCAGCUGCGCAGCAUGCCAGUCGAGUGGUCGCCGUGAAAGCAGACUUGACCUCAGCUAGAGAGGUAGAUGAGUUGAUCAGCUCUUCCCGUUCUUACCACACUGUGUACUUGCUCCAUGGCAUCAUGUCCAGCGGCGCCGAGGUAAACUUCGAGCUCGGAUUCCGCGUGAAUCUUGACUCUACUCGAUAUGUACUUGAUCGCAUUCGUGAAACUACACCAGGAGUAAAGGUUAUCCUCACGUCCUCACUGGCAGUCUACGGUCUGGCACCGCCGGGCGUACUCGCAAAUGAGACCAAUUUUACCCCGGUACCUACUACCUCUUACGGGUCCCAGAAACUGAUUUCUGAGAUCCUGGUGAACGACUAUUCGCGACGCGGAUUCAUUGAUGGACGAUGUGUGCGUCUCCCAACUGUGACGGUCCGCGCUGGGAAACCCACCCAAGCUGCAAGCAGCUUCGCUAGCGAUAUUAUUCGGGAGCCCUUCUAUGGCAGGAAGGCUAUCUUGCCAGUGGAUAGAAGCACAGAGAUGUGGAUCUGCUCGCCGAAAAUGAUUAUCAAGAAUAUCAUCCAUGCUAGCACUGUGCCCAAAGAAGCCUGGGGCGUGUCAAGAUCUGUCAACUUGCCUGGUUUGAAGGUUAGUGUUCAGGAAAUGCUGGACGCAUUGGAGGCUGUUGGUGGCAAGGAGAGACGAGCACUUGUCGAGGAGAAGUACGAUGCUGCGACCGACAAAAUCGUGCAGGGUUGGACUCCAGAGUUUUCGACAGAAAGGGCGUUCAAGCUAGGAUUCUCUCCUGAUAUUUCGAUCCAGGAGAAUAUCAAGCAUUUUGCCAGCAAAUUUGUAUGA